GUGGAAAACAUGGCGGCCGGGUUGCGCUGACAUCGCGGAGCUAGCCGCUAGUAUUGGGACUCCCUCGCGCACCCUAGGAGGUUUCACUCCAUGGAACAGGCUUUCGGAACAGAGGGUUUCGUAACAAGCAUUUAGUAGUAUUGUUGUGUCUUCUUAUGAAGCAAUUCCCCGUCCUGUUUCAGCAACCGGGACAACCGAAAUGGAAGACGAAGAGAGGCAAAAGAAGCUAGAGGCCGGCAAGGCAAAGCUGGCGGAGUACCGGCAGCGCAAGGCCCACGCCGACUCCCAGAAGAGACAGAAGAAGAAGAAGAAGAGGAGGCUGGACAAGGAAGAGGAGCCGGCCGGGGAGGACGUGCACCAGGGGAGGGACGCCCGUAAGGUCCUCCCAGGGGAGGUGGAGGAGGAGGAGGAGGAGGGGGAGGAAGGAGGGGCGGAGCAUGAAGAACAGCCGGCGCCGGGGGAGGAGCUUCCCGAAGGGGGUGGAGUCAGGGGGGAUCCUGACGUUCCCAACACGACGGAGUUGACGUUCUCUAGGACCCUGCGGAGCGGCGAGACGGUCAAGCACGACCAGACCUACACCAUCGAGCCAGAAAGCGAGGUCUCCACCACCGCCGACGACUAUUCCUCCGAGGUCAAUGGCUGCCAUGUGACGACAGUGAACCUCAUGACGUCUUCUGAGGAAUUUAUCUGGGAGGAGGUGGACGCGCUGCACCUGAUGACCAAGGAGGCCAAGAUGGACGACAUGGAGGACGAGCUGGCCGCCAAGACCCAGGCAGUGGAGGAGCUGAGCCGCGAGCUGGAGGAGAUCAGGGCCUGCUUUGGCAGCGAGGGGAUCCACCAGCUGCAGGACUUUGAGGCGGCUCUGAAGCAGAGGGACGGCAUCAUCACCCAGCUCACCUCCAACCUGCAGCAGGCCAGGGACGAGAAGGAGGACAUCAUGAGGGAGUUCCUGCAGAUGACUGAGCAGAGCCAGAAGCUGCACAUCCAGUUCCAACAGCUGCAGGCCGGGGAGACCCUGAGGAACACCACCCACAGCAGCACGGCAGCGGACCUCCUGCAGGCCCGCCAGCAGAUGGUCCAGUACCAGCAGCAGCUGGAGGACCUGGGAGCCCAGGUCCGGAGCGGGAAGGAACACCUGCUGGGGGUCUCCGACCUGGAGCACAAACUCAGCCAGAUGGAGACGGCUGGCCGAAGAUCGGAGGCGACAUUUGCACAGAAGCUGAGUGAAAAAGACUCGUUGAUAGCGGAACAGGAACACCUGAUAUCGGGCCAGGAGCAGUCAUUGGCCGACCUGAAAGCUCAGCUCGCACUUUCGUCGAGGGCUAGCGAGGAAUCGUUUGCCCACUCGCUCAGAGAGAAGGACCUACUGAUCUCGAAGCAGAAUGCAAUAAUCUCGGAGCACGAGAGGUCUCUUUCCCUGCUUCGCGAUGAGCUGACCCAGGUAGCAAGGAGCGGCUCCCCGACGGACGCCCAGAGCCAGAACGAGAAAGAUGCGCGCAUCGCAGAGCAGGCGAGGGUCGUUUCAGAGCAGGAACGCUCUCUUGCUCACCUCGAGGAGCAGCUGAAGUCCUCGGAGAAGCGCCUGAAUGAACUUUGCCUUGUGAAGGAUCAGGCGCUCGAGAGCUGCCAGGGGGAGCUGGAGAGCACCAGGGUGGAUCUGGAACGCUGCAAGAGUGGGUGGGACGAUUCCAAGGUGGAACUAGAGAACGGGGUGAGAGAGUUAGAACGCUGUAAAGAUCAACUACUGAGUUUCACGGUGGAAAUGGAGAAAGGGCAGACGGAGUUGAAAAGCUCCAAGGAUGAAUUUGCGAAUUCCAAAUUAGAAUUUGAGAAAAGAAUCAUAGAUCUGGAAAGCUACAAGAAAGAACUUGAGAAUUCCAAAUCAGAACUCCAGACGGAGUUGAAAAGCUCUCGCGACGAAUCGCAGGAUUCCAAAUCGGCGCUGGAGAAGGGGACGAGGGAGCUGGAGAGCUGCAAAGAGGAGCUCGCCGCCUCCCGACAGAAGGAGCGCACGUCGUCCGGCGAGGUCAUGCAGCUCAUGGGCACCGUGGAAGACCUCCAGAGGCGCUGCCACCAGGGCAGCCUGUCGGAGGGCGACGUGGUCCAGAGGAUGGAGGAGGAGUCCCUGCGCAAGCUGGAGCGCCUCAGGGCGGAGCUGGACGAGAUGUACGGCCAGCAGAUCGUCCAGAUGAAGCAGGAGCUCCAGCUGCAGCACGCGGCGGCGGCGGAGCGGCUCAGCCGACAACACGGGGCCGAGCUCGACGCCCUGAGGGCCCAGGAGGAACGGCGACGCCUCGACGUCGACGAGCGCGACGCCAAGUUGGCCGACCUGCAGGAGACCCUGCAGGAGUCGCAGGCCGCGCACGGGAGAGCGCAGGACGAGCUCCACGGGCUGGCGCAGGAGAAGCUCGGCCUGCAGGCUCAGGUGGAGGACCUUCUCCGAGACCUGCGGCAGGCCAAAGACGUGGCGGACAAGGCCUCGCACAACCUCACGCUCAGCAAGGGAAGCAGGCAGACGGAGCUGCAGCACCUGCAGCGCAUCAGCGACGGCCUCCGGUGCCAGCUGGAGGCGGCCGAGGAGGCGGCGCUGGAGGUCGAGGCCAAGCACGAGUCGGAGGUGACCAAUUACAAGAUCAAGCUGGAGAUGCUGGAGCGGGAGAAGGACGCCGUGCUGGACCGCAUGGCCCAGUCGCAGGAGGCGGAGCUGGAGAGGCUCAGGACCCAGCUGCUCUUCAGCCACGAGGAGGAGCUGAUCCUGCUCAGGGAGGACCUGCGGCGGGAGAGCUUCCUCAACACGGAGAACCUUCUGAACGAGGCGUCCGUCAGGCGGGAGCGGGCCCUGGAGGAGCUGCGGGCCACGUACGAGGAGAAGCUGGGCUCUCUGGGGAAGGAGACGGCGGUGUUCGCCACGGAGCGCGCCGAGCUCCUGGAGCAGAUCCUGGCGCUGAAGGGGGACUUGAAGGCGGCGCAGAGCAGCUCCAGGGCGGAGGAGUUGGUGCAGCAGCUGCAGGAGCUCCAGGCGGAGGUGGUGGAGUUGAGGCAAGGGGCGGAGCAAAGGGGUAAAGUGGAGAGGGAGUACAAGGCACUACUGACCCAGGUCGAGACACUGGAGAACGAGGCGAGGGAGCAGGAGGACGGUUGGAGGAGCAAACUUGAAGAGAAGGAGUCUGAAAAACGGAUGUUGAACGAAUCCAACACUGUUUUGAAAAAAGAGAUUGACCUGGCGACGGAAACGGUGCAGUCUCUCAAUUUAGAGAGCAAUCAGAAGGUGCAGGAAUUGGCCGAGCUCAGGGACAAGAUUGAGAAGCAGCGCACAACUUAUUCCUUCGCCGAGAGGAACUUUGAGGUGAACUUUCAAGAGCUGAAGGGGGAGUACACCUGCCUCAUUCAGGCCAAGACACAGCUGGAGGAGCGGACACUGAAGGUGACGCUCGAGUUUGAGGCGAAAAUCGCCAGCCUGCAAUCUCAAGUUCGGGAGCUGAAGGAGGGGGAGGAGGAGGAGGAGAGCGGCGGACGGGUCAAGAGGGGGGGCCGCGGAGACAGAGCCACCGCGCCGAUGGAAAAAGACACUACUGAAUUAAUGGAGAAGCUCAACGCCAUCUCCAACGAGAAGGAGGGCCUGAUCGCUCGGCUCUCCGACGUCACGGACAAGCUGAGCUUUUCCGAAGGCAAGCUGGAGCGACUGAAGGGGGAGCUCUUGGAGAUCCACCAGGAACACGGGAAGGUCCUCGCCCUGAACAAGAGCCUCGCCGCGGGGCUGGAGAGGGAACGGGACGCGGCGACGGACGCCAAGAAGGAGGGAGAGCCGCGGCGGCGCUACAAACCCCAGCACCGAGCGUCCGCGCCGGCCGAGCCCGACGCCUCGGCCGCCCACCAGCGACGGAUCGAAUCCCUGCAAGGGGAGGUCGAGUCCCUCCGGUCCCGCCUACAGGCGGCCGAGGCGGAGCGAGCCCCCCCGGCGCCGAACAGGCUCCUCCCGCUGCAGACCACGUCGCCCGCGGCAACGUCGGGGGACGGACACCCGCCCCCACAGAAGCCCCCAGCAGCCCCGGCAGCCCCAGCAGCCCCAGCCUCGGGGUUGGGGUCGAACAGGCGCAAGAGACGGCAGCGGUCGAAGCAGGAGCGCAAAGCCACCCACACCACCGCGGCCGCUCUGGCAGACGGCUGCAGCAGCAGCAGCGUCAGCAGGGAGGAGAGGCAAAGGGGGGAAGAGGAGGCGGAGAUGGAGAUGGAAGAGGAGGAGGAGGUGGAGGAGGAGGAGCAACAGGAGCUCUCGCUGGCAGCGGCGGAGUUGGGGAGAGCUGCAGAGCCGGCGGUGGGAGCCGGGAUGCAGAGCGAGGCAGCGUCUCGCUCGACUCAGAGGCUCGGCGGCGAGGAGGACUCUGCGGACCGCUGCCAAGGAGACGCAGAGACCAGCAUCACCAAGCCGGUGGGGAGCCAGGCCGCGGUACCAGGGGAGCGGGCCGUCGGAAAGAGAGAGAGCAGCACGGCCCAACAUGCAGAGUGCAGGCUGCAGCUGGAGGCCCAGAGGGUCAGCCUGUCUCAGAUCCACGCCGCCCAGCUAGAACUGCUGGCAGAACAGACGUCCGCCCACACCAGCUCCCUGGAGACCGGGCCGGGCGGCCCCAGGGACCGGGCCGGACAGGACCUGGCCGCCCAGCGACCGGCCCCGAUGUCCCACCGGGAGGAGACGGAGCGGGAGGUGGAGCCCGAGAGGGAGGAGGCCCGGCGGCAGCGCCUCCUGCUGGAGGAGAGUCACCGCGAGGAGCUGCAGCGCCUGCACUCCCACUACACCCAGCUGGCCUCCGACGCGGAGGAGCGCCACGCCAUGCAGCUGGUGGUGCUGGAGCAGCGUCUGCACCAGCUCACCUCCACCCACAGCACCACCACCCGCCUCAGUGUCCAAUCAGUGAGCAGCUCUGAGAUACCGGAGCAACACGACGAAAUCAUACAGUUCCUCCUCUCUGAACACCAGCCCGGCACCGAGUUGGGGGCGGAGCCUGAGUCAGGGACGGAGUCAGAGUCCGUGAGGUCAUCGGGCCUGACCGCUCAGCUGCAGGCGCUGAGGAGGGCUCUCUACCACAAGUACCUCCAGGAGGUGGCCUCGCUGAAGGGGGAGCACCACUCCGAGCUGAGGAGACUCCGGGAGGAGCGAGCCGAGGAGUUGGGCAGGGGACAGAGGGAGAGAGGAGGAGGCGACGCAGGAGGAGGAGGAGGAGGGAGGCCUGGUAGCGCACCAGGGGAAGGAGCAGGAGAAGCUGCAGCAGGGGGUCGAACCUUGCAGGAGGAGAAGAGAUACUGGGAGAGUGUGGAGGAGGAGGUGGCCAAGGUCAUAGUUCAGAUGUCGGUGGAGUUCGCCCAGCAGUCGGAGCUGGCACGCAUCAGCAAGCGGGGCCUCCAGAUCUCCUCCUCUAUGCAGACUCAACCCGAGGAGGAGGAGGAGGAGUGCGGUCCGAGGGUCCUGGGCACCUCCUCCAUUCAGACCCGCCCCAAGAUUGAGAAGAAGAAGAAGAAGAAGGAGGUGAUGGAGGAGAGGGGGACCUCCUCCCUGAAGGAGGUGGAGGGCUGCGGGAAGCUGGAGACGGAGGUCAGAGAGCUGACCUCGGAGGUGGUCCGGCUGAAGGAACAGCUGAGGAACGCUGCGUGGGCAGUCCAGAAGACCGUCAAGAAGAAGAAGGAGAAAGAGGAGGAGGAGGAGGAUGGGGAGGAGAUGGGGAAGCCUGGAGGAGGGGACAUCGCCACACUUGAGUCCAGCGGUCUGGAAGAGGUCACCUCGGAAAGGAACCUGCUGCGGGAGCACAACUACCGACUGCACCAGGUGCUGCAGGACGUCCUGAAGACCACGGCGGCCGCCGAGGAGACCAUGGGCCUCCACGUGGAGAGCCUGCGCCUGGCCUCGGCCGCCGAGCCGCCGCCGCCGCCGCCCAGCGACGCUGGCCUCCGGUCGGAGGCCUCCCUGGGGAGGCUCCACACAAAGCCCUUCAGCCUCUGUUCCGCAGGUUCUGCGGCAGACAGCUUCCAGGGCAGUGAGUCGAGUGCGGAUGAGUCAUCCAUCGCCUGGUCCGGUGUGGCGGAGGCCGACGGAGGCCCAGGGGGGACUGUGGCCCCGGACGACCCGGCCCUCCUGUCCACAGGGGUCCUGAGCUUGCUGGAAGACCAGGAGUCCCUGCUGGGAGCCAGUAGCCGGCUCCAGAGGGCCCUGGAGCGAAUGCUGGUGGCCAUCGCAGAGAGCAGCGACCAGCUGGAGCACGCCCGGGUCACCCAGACGGAGCUGAUGCGCGAGUCCUUCCGCCACAACCAGGAGGUGGGGGAACUCCUUCAGCGGCAGGAGGAGCUCCAGGAGCGGCUGGCGGAGGAGGCGCGCGCCCGCGAGCAGCUGGCCCUCGAGCUGCACCGGGCCGAGGGUGUGAUUGAAGGCUACUCAGGUGAGCGAACGCUCCUGGAGGAGCAGGCCCGGCAGAAGGAGGAGCUACAGCUCAGCCUGGAGCAGGAGUUACAGGUGACGGCCAGCCGUCUCAACGAGCUGGAGCAGGAGCGGCUCCUCAUGCACCAGGAGAAGGAGCUGCUGGGCAGACAGCAGGACGCCAUGAGGGAGACGGCAGGGCCUCGCGAGCUCCGCCUAGUUGAUGCUGAAGUGGCCGCUGCACCUGAAGCAGACCUGCUGGAGGAGACGGAGAAGCUGAUGAAGGAGAAGGUGGAGGUGCAGCGGCAGGCGGAGAAGGACAGCUCGGACCUGGGCAAGCAGGUGAAGCAGCUGGAGGCGGAGCUGGAGGAGCAGGUGAACCGCUCCAUCGAGCUGGAGCAGGCGCAGCGCAACGAGAGCCGGGACCUCCGGCAGCAGAUCCAGUCCCUGGAGAAGCAGAUGGAGAACAACCGCAAGUUCCUGGCUGAGCAAGCGGUGGACCGGGAGCACGAGAGGGACGUCUUCCAGCAGGAGAUCCAGAAGCUGGAGGAGCAGCUGAGGAACCCCCAGAAGCUCCAGGGGGCCUCGGACCCCAGGGGCAAGGAGGUGGAGCGUCUGAGCAGCCAGCUCCAGGAGAAGGCUGACUGGUGCAGUGAGCUGCUGCUGGGCUCGGAGCAGCGGCAGCGCGAGCUGGACGACCGCGACCAGGAGAUCGACAAGCUGGAGGGACGCGUCCGCGAGCUGGAGCAGGCCCUGCUGGCCAGCGCCGAGUCCCUGGGGAAGGACGAAGAGAGGAAGCAGCAUGACGCUGCCUCUGAGGCCCGACACAACACUCUGGAAGCCCAGCUCCAGACGGAGAGAGAGGCUCUGGACCGCAAAGAGAAAGAGAUCUCCCACCUGGAGGAGCAGCUGGAGCAGUUCCGGGAGGAGCUGGAGAACAAGAGCGAGGAGGCGCAGCAGCUCCAGAUGCAGCUGGAGAUCCAGGAGAAGGAGCUGGGCAGCCAGCAGGAGCACCUGGAGACCAGGGAGAGCAUGCUCCAGGUAAUGGAGGAGAAGGACAGGCAAAUACUCGUUCUUAAUGAGAAACUCUCUAAGCGCCAACACACGGAGCCCGCGGCGUCCGCUACGAAGGACCUGGACCAGCGGGAGGACCUGAUCCGGGACCUGGAGUCCCAGGUGGAGUGCCUGAGGAGCGAGCAGGAGCGCCUAAAGAGGAACGGCGAGGUGGAGCUGGAGCAGCUCAACGCCGUCAUCGACAAGCUGCAGCAGGAGCUGGCCAACAUCGAGCAGAAGCUGCCCCCGCACCACGACGAGGAGGAGGAGGAGCUGGACACCCAGGCUCGGGUGCGGGGGGGCGACCUCGUCGCGGCGACCGGCGACGAACUCGGCCAGACGCAGCGGCGGCUGGACGUGGCCACGGGCGAGCUGGGCGCGCUCCGGGGAAAACACGGCGAGCUGUUUGAGACGUACCGCCGGCUGAAGGAGACGUCGGCCGCCCUGGCCCAGACGGAGGAGCAGGGCAGGGCGGAGGAGGAGGAGCGCUCGGAGGCCCGCCUGGAGGACGCCCUCCGGGAGACGGCCAGCCUGGUGGUCAUGCAGGCCCAGGUGCAGGCGCUGGAGCAGAGCGCAAGCUCCAGGGUGGACGAGCUGCGGCGCCGCGUCGAGGACCUGGAGCGCGCCGCAGAGGAGAAGGAGGCGGAGCUGGCCCGCGGGCGCCUGCUGGCCGAGACCCUCCGGGGGAAGGUCGACCACCUGGAGGACCGACUCCGGGAGACGGAGACGGAUGCGUCGGCGCUGACCGGCCAGGCCCAGCAUCGGGACUCCCUGCAGGGGGAGCCGCGAGGACAGACAGACCCCAAGCGGACUGAAGUGGAGGAGAGCCAGCCUCCAGGCCCGCGGUCCGACGCUCCUCCGACCCACGUCUUCCCGGACUUUGGCCUCCCGCAGCUGGACUCCUCCUCCUUCAGCAUGGUGGGCGGAGCCAGGGGGCCGGCGGGCGGCUCCGGGAGGGCGGGGCACCUGACGGAGAAGCUGCGGGAGCUGGAGGUGGGGCUCAGCGGCAUUCAGAAGGACCAGGAGCUGCAGAAGCAGCUGCUCUCCAGCUCCGAGGAGGAGGUGAUGGAGUACGAGCGGAGGCUGGCCGUGCUCAUGGACCUGCUGAACCAGAUGAGGAGCAAGGCUGGAGCCCACCACAAGACCUGGAAGCCCACUUCUGAGCCAUCUCCUGCAGCAGACCAACGGGAUGCGCGUGAAGCUCACCGGGAGUUACAGGAGGUCCGAGAUGAGGCCCUGGCCACCAAAGAACAGCUGGACCACUACAAAAAGAGCUCUAGUCAACAUGAGGAGCAGCUAGCCAACCACGAGCAGAGACACAGUCAACUCCUAGCAGAGUUAGACAAUUACAAGAAGAGCUCUGGUCAACUUGAAGGGCAGCUAGCUGACUACGAGCAGAGAUGCAGUAAACUCAUGGAAGAGUUGGACAAUUACAAGCAGAGCUCUAGUCAACUCAAACAGGAGCAAGGCGACUUAAAGGCGAGUUCUAGUCAACUCCAGGAACAGUUAAAUGUCUCCAAGGAGAGCUCUAGGCAACUUGAAGAACAGCUAGCCGACUUCAAACAGACCACUAGUAAGCUCCAGGAGGAGCUGGAAAACUACAAGCAGAACUCUACCCAACUUCAGGAGAAGGUUGACCAGUACAAACAGAGCUCUAGUGUACUCCAGGAGCAGGUUGACCAGUACAAACAGAGCUCUAGUGUACUCCAGGAGCAGGUUGACCAGUACAAACAGAGCUCUAGUGAACUUGAAGAACAGCUAGCUGACUACAAGCAGAGCUCUACCAAACUCCAGGAGCAGGUUGACCAGUACAUACAGAGCUCUAGUCAACUUCAACAAGAACUAGACGACUCGAAACAGAACAGUCGUAAACUUGAAGAACAGCUAGAAGUCUACAAGCAGAGCUCUAGCAAACUCCAGGAGCAGCAAGACACCUCGAAGCAGAACAGCAGUCAACUCGAAGAACAGAUAGCCAACUUCAAGCAGAGCUCGAGUCAACUUCAGGAGCAGGUUGACCAGUACAAACAGAGCUCCAGUCAACUUCAGGAGCAGGUUGACCAGUACAAACAGAGCUCUAGUCAACUUCAACAAGAGCUAGAUGACUCCAAGCAGAGCUCUAGUCAGCUUCAGGAGCAGGUUGACCAGUACAAGCAGAGCUCUAGUCAACUUCAGGAGCAGGUUGACCGGUACAAGCAGAGCUCGAGUCAACUCGAAGUACAGCUAGCUGACUCAAAGCAGAGCUGUAGUCAACUCCAGCAGGAGCUGGAAUACAACAAGCAGAGCUCAAGUGAGCUACAGCAGCAGCAAGAUGACUCGAAGCAGAACAGUAGUCAACUCGAAAAACAGCUGGAAGAACUCAAGCAGAGCUCGAGUCAACUUCAGCAAGAGCUGGACGACUCAAGGAAGAACAGUAGUCAACUCGAAAAUAAGCUAGCUGAUUACAAGCAGAGUUCAAGUCAACUGCAACAAGAACUAGCCGACUCCAAGCGAAACAGUAGUCAACUCGAAGUACAGCUAGAAGAAUACAAGCAGAGCUCGAGUGAACUUGAAGUACAGCUAGCCGACUCCAAGCAAAACAGUAGUCAGCUCCAAAAGGAGCUGGAAAACCACAAGCAGAGCUCGAGUGAGCUACAGCAGCAGCAAGACGACUCGAGGCAGAACAGUAGUCAACUCGAAGAACAAAUAGCUGAAUACAAGCAGAGCUCGAUUCGACUUCAGCAAGAACUAGAUGACUCGAAGCAGAACACCAGUCAACUUCAAGGACAACUAGAAGACAACAAGCAGAGUUUGAGUAAACUUCAGGAGCAGGUUGACCAGUACAAGCAGAGCUCUAGCCAACUCCAGCAAGAACUAGAUACCUCUAAGCAGAACAGUAGUCAACUUGAAAAACAGCUAGCUGACUAUAAGCAGAGCUCGAGUCAGCUUCACCAAGAACUAGACACCUCAAAGCAGAGCUGUAGUCAACUUGAAAAACAGCUAGCUGACUUAAAGCAGAGCUCAAGUCAGCUUCAACAAGAACUAGAAGCCUCUAAGCAGAACAGUAGUCAACUUGAAGAACGGCUAGAAGACCAGAAGCAGAGCUCUCUUCAACUCCAGCAAGAACUAGAAGCCUCUAAGCAGAACCGUAGUCAAUUUGAAAAACGGCUAGCUGACUAUAAGCAGAGCUCGAGUCAGCUUCAACAAGAACUAGACACCUCAAAGCAGAGCUGUAGUCAACUUGAAGAACAGCUAGAAGACCAGAAGCAGAGCUCUAGUCAACUUCAGAAGCAGCUUGAUGACAACAAGCAGAGCUCUAGUCAAAUUCAGGAAGAGUUGAAUGACUCCAAGCGGAGCUAUAGUAAACUCCAAGAGCAGCUUGAGGAGAAGACAUUGGCAAUAAGCAGGGUUGAAGAGCAAAUACAGAAGGCAUCGCCAGGAGUCGGUGAGGAGGCGGUUCAGCAGGGGUUGGACCUUCAGCUUCAGGAGGUGCAGAAGGAGGUGGUGGUGGUCAAGGAGGAGCUGGACUCCUGCAAGCAGAGCUCUGAUAGGCUACAGGAGCUGCUCCAGGAGAGGGAAAUGACUAUCGCUCACCUUAAAGGAGAACUCUACCGGGCCACCGCGAGCGCAGAAGGAGAAGGCGAGGAAGGAGGCUCCAGUGUCCCGGGGCUCCUCCAGCAGCUCCAGGAGGUCCAGACCCAGGCGGCCGCCGCCAAAGAAGAGGUCGCCAGCUGCCGGCAGCGAGCGGACCAGCUCCAGGACGAGCUCGGGUCCCGCGACCUCGCCAUCGCCCAGCUCAAAGACGAGCUCCGGGAGCUGCAGGCGGCCUCGGCAGCGGCCAGCCUGUCCCCGGAGCCCCCCUCUCGCUCCCCGACGUCCCCUUCGCCCUCCCCUCAGCCACCGCCGUCGUCCUCGUCCUCCUCCACCACCGCCGCAGCCGCCGCCGGCAGCCAGCCCAAGAGGAAAGCGGGCAAGUCGUUGUCCGGUAAGGGAAGCGGCAGCGCCAAAGACAAGGCGUCCUUAUCCCGGAAGAACUCUGCAGCGGCCGCCCAGCAGGCCUCGGAGAAGACCCAGGGCCCGGGGGGCCCCGGGGCCGAACGCCGGCCCCAGCAGGAGCAGCGCCGGCAGGUCUCCGUCGCCGACUCCUCCACGCAGACCCACCAAGACCUCCAGACGACCGCCACCAAGCCCACAGGGGUGGGCGCGGGGACCCUGAGUCCAUCUGCUGCGGCCCAGAAGAAGAAGGAGGAGGAGGAGGAGGAGGUGGUGGUGGCGGAGGUGAUCGGGGAGUUCCAGGAGAAGAUCGUCCAGAUGCAGGAGCUCCACGCCGCCGAGAUCCUGGACAUGGAGGCGCGGCACAUCGCCGAGAGCGAGGGCCUGCGCCUGGACACCCUGGCCCUGGAGAACGAGUGCAAGGCCCUGAAGGCCGUCGUCGACAAGCUGCGUUCCGGGGAGGCCUCGUCGGCCCGAACAGACCGCCCUGCGUCGCUGCAGUUCAGGGACGGAUACACCAGCGACAGCAGCUCAGACUACAGCCAGCGGACGGGCUACGACCCCCCCAGCCUGCAGCAGGAGUUCAGGACCACCCCGGAGGGGGCCAGGCGGGACGGGGAAGACCCACUCCCUGACAAGAUCAAGACCCUGCUGAGAGAGGUGCACCAGGAGGGCAUGCAGGUCCUGUCCCUAUCAGAGUUCCCCCUGACGGAGGACCAGGCCGGGGGAUCAGGAGGUCCAGGGUGGGGCCAGACCCCCAGCCCAGGCUGGCCCAGGGAGAGGCAGGCCCUGCUGGACACCGUGCAGUCCCUGAAGACCCUGGUCACCCAGAUGCAGACAAGCAGGGGGACACAGACCCCCGGAGGAGCGGACUGGCGUGGGGAGCUGCUGGGCGCAGUGCAGCAGGUGCUGAUGGGGGAGCGCGGCGUGCUGAAGAGCGCCCUCUACAGCCAGCUGGACCAGCUGGACAGCAGCGACGCCAUCGUCCACCUCAACCAGCUGGAGCAGAGGCUGGCCCAGCAGGAGGUCCACCACAGAGAGGCCAUGGGUUCUCUCCAAACCGCUGACCGCUCCAGUCUCCUCUCUGAGGUCCAGCAGCUCAGAGCCACCAUGGAGCAGCUCCACCCAGGCGUCCAGCAGGCCUCGUCCCCGGGGCCAGAGGCUGAGGGCGGGGCCCAGAGAGGGAGUGUGGGCCCUGGGUCCGGAGCCCCCGGCGACAGGGUCCUGCUGGAGGAGCUGAAGGGGGAGCUGUCCCAGACCAAGCUGGAGCUGGAGACCACGCUGAAGGCCCAGCACAAGCACCUGAAGGAGCUGGACGCACUCAGGAAGGAGGUGUCUGAGCGGGCUGCGGCGCUGGAGGCGCUGACGGACCAGCUGUCUGAGGAGCGCAGGAGGACCAGGGAGCUGCAGUGGGUCCUGGAGAAGGAGAGGAACCGCACCGGCCGGAGUGAGGAGAGCCAGCAGGAGGAGCUGGAGGACCUGCGGGUGUCGGCGGAGGAGCAGCGGAGCCGGGCGGCCCAGCUGGCCUCCUCCCUGGAGGAGGAGCGCCACGCCUCCUCCCAGCGGAGCCUCCAGGCCCAGCAGGCCCAGCUGGCCCUGCAGAGCCGGCUCCAGGAGCUCCAGGUGAGGCUGGACACCCAGCAGGCCACGGCCCGCGAGAUGACCAGCGCCCUGGGCAGGGAGCGGCGGCUGAGGACGGGGGCCGGCGGGGCGGAGCAGGAGGAGGAGGAGGAGGAGGAGGAGGAGGAGGAGGAGGGGGUGGGAGGAGAGAGGAGCGUGCUCAAGAGGCUGCAGCGGGACCUGGAUGAGAAGCACGCACAGGUUGUGCGCCUCCUCGGGGAGCUGGAGGCCCAGCGGCUGGAGGCGGUGCGGCAGCAGGAGGAGGUGCAGCGGGGCGGGCAGCGCGCCCAGAGGGACCAGGAGGCCCUGGAGGAGGCCCGCGGCCAGCUGGCGCUGCUGGAGCAGCGGGCGGGGGACGCCCAGCAGCAGCUGGAGAGAGAGGCCCAGAGGAGGAGGGCCCUGGAGCAGGAGAAGGAGGCGCUGGAGGAGAGGCUGGCGGAGGUGGGCCAGCGGCUGGCGGGCGGCGCGGGGGGAGCAGCGGCGCGCUCGCACGACCCACAAGACCCUGCCCGCGACACACCCGCCGAGCACACCACAGACCGGCUGCACCACACGGAGACCUCCACCUCCACCUCCACCACCACCGCCACCACCACCCAUGGGCACGCAGGCCCCGGCCCCUACUCUGACGGCACCGGGGGGGUCCAGCCUGGACCACCGGGAGCAUGGCGCUCCGGCGACCACAUCCUGGGCAAGCUGAGCCUCACCGCCUCCAAGAUCCGCGCCAUGGCCGGCAGGAACACCGACAGUCUGAACACGGAGGUGGAGAAGGAGCAGCUGUCCUGGAUCCAGACCAACCUGGACGAGGUCAUCAGUAUGUUACAGCAGUCCCCCGGUCUGCCCGCGCUCUCAGAGCACCAGAGUCUGGCUCCGAUGGCAGGAAGUUCCCUGGGCGGCAGCUCAUCCAACUUCCUGUCGGAGCGCCUGCUGCGUCAGAACGCCGAGCUGACGGGCUUCGUGAGCCGGCUGACGGAGGAGAAGAGCGACCUGAGGAACCAGACGCUGCGUCUUGAGGACGAGCUGCGGAGGCACCGCCACGCCGGAGCCCUGUCGGCGGACACGACUGGGACCAGGGGCGCCCCCACCAGGAGCGACUGGGCGGUGUCCAGCGCGCUGCUGUCCCAGGAGCGGGAGGCGUGGUCGCGGGAGCGCUCUCGUCUGGAGAAGGCCCUGCAGCAGGCCCAGGCCCAGACGGGCCGGCUGAGGGGGGAGGUCCGCAGCGAGGCCCUCAGCGACGUCACGGGGCCCGACCUGGACAACGCCGCCCUCAAGAGGAUAUAUGGGAAGUACCUGCGGUCGGAGAGCUUCCGCAAGGCGCUGGUCUACCAGAAGAAGUACCUGCUGCUGCUGCUGGGGGGCUUCCAGGAGUGUGAGGAGGCCACCCUGGCCCUCAUCACCAGGAUGGGGGGCCGUCCCGCCAUCUGCGGCCCGGACUCGGUCGCACUGCGCCGCCGCCGCGGCCUCACGCGCUUCCGCUCGGCCGUGCGCGUCUCCAUCGCCCUCUCCAGGAUGCGCUUCCUGGUGCGGCGAUGGCACAAGGCCACCGGCGUCAGAAGCCCGAGCCCCAGCUCCGGUGCGGGCAAGACACACGCCAUAGGGAUGGAGGUGAAGGCCUUCCUCCACCCGGGGAGCGUGGAGGUGUACCGGGAGAGAGGAGGAGAACGAGGAGGUGGUGGAGGAGGGAGCACCAGCAGCCGGGGACGCAGCGGACGGGAUUCCCCCAGAUCCGCCAUCUCCAACACCACCCACAGGUACCAUAUAGGCGGGGACGGUGGCUCUCUGACGUGCUCCCACCUCCUGAACUACGACCCCGACCGCGCCCUCACCGACUACAUCUCACGGCUGGAGGCCCUGCAGAGGAGGCUGGGCAGCGUCACCUCAGGUUCAUCUUCCUACGCCCCAUUGCACUUUGGUCUGAGGAGAUGAGGAGGCUGAGGCGUUGCCGUGGAAACUGGCUUGAAGAAUUCUCUGUGGCCUUCCUCUCAUGCGGAGCAGCGUGCGCUAUUUUAUUUUCACGGACGCUACAUUCCAUGUGGACCAAAACUCUUGUCGUGUUUUGGUGUCGGUGUGCUUAUCUGGCUAUUUAUUUAUUUUUUAUUUUUACUUUGUGUGCGUUUGAUUUGUCUCCAGCACACGAUGGUAAAAACAGCUUUUGUUUAUCAUUUUUCAAUCUGCCUCUUUAGUUUUGAAUGGAACUUAAAUCGUGUAUAUUGGUCUUAUUGCUAAUUUAAAACUCUCGAUUAAUUUAUGAAAUUGUAUGUUGUCGUUGUUGUUGUUUCUCUGUUCGGACGACUUUGAAGAUGACCGUGGAGAGAGUUUGAGGGGUAGGAGGAGGCUGCUACUGGAUAUUAAUACACUACACUGUGUUUUGUUAAGGCCGCUUUAACGGACGGACUGCAGACAACAUUUGUAGAGAGUGUAUUUUUGUAAAGGGUAGGUGCUUUUGAAUUUCCUGGGUAUUUUGUCAAGAACUGAAAUAAAGAUGAUAUUUGAAAUAAUGAAUGUGGCAUUGCUUGUUUCCCAAUUAAAGUCUACGAUUCCUGGAAGUUUUCCAU